CACAUUGGGUACACAUCCAGCUCUUCACAAUCUCCAGCCAGAUUUGUGAAACACUGACCAAUGUGCUUUUUGCGGUGCCAGCUCUCCGAGCGCACUUUUCCUUCGAUCAAAUCCCCUUUUCUUUAUCUACACAGGAAUUGCUCUUACAACCCCUGCCUUUUUGUGCUUCCAGCAUCAACCUUUGCAACAGCCCAUGGCGCGUAUUCUCUCGCUGCUCCACUCCCAAACGUUGGUGACCCUCACCGGUGUGAGGAGGACAGUCGUCUGCCGGAUGUCCCUGGAGGCGCGGGCGCGGGAGCUGUUCGCCACAGCGGUGGAAGCGGUGCAGCCGGACGCGGUCGUGCGGCGAGGCGUAGAGCGGAAGGAUGACUCGUUGGUCAUCGACGGCCGCACCUUCGCCCUCCGGAACAACCUGCACCUGGUGGGCUUCGGGAAGGCCGUGCUGGGCAUGGCCGCCGAGGCAGAGCGGAUCGCCGGCGACCACCUGGUGAAGGGAGUGAUUAGCGUGCCGCACGGGAUUCAAGAGACCUUACGGUGUCAUGGAAAGAGUCAGAUGCUGUUAAAAGACAAUAGUCGCAUCAAAGUGAUGGAAGGAGCUAAACACAAUCUGCCUGAUGGCGAUGCCCAGCAUGCAGCUCAGUGCAUCAAGCAGUUAGCCAGUGAGCUGACGGAGAAAGACCUGCUGCUCGUACUGAUCUCGGGUGGGGGCUCCGCACUCUUGCCUGCCCCCAUUCCACCCAUCUCGCUAGAAGAGAAGCAUGACGUGACCCGGAGGCUGGCCGGGGCCGGUGCCACUAUUCAGGAGCUGAACACAGUGCGACGGGCCCUCUCCUUACUGAAGGGUGGGGGACUGGCCCAUGUGGCGCACCCUGCUCAGGUGGUCGCAUUGAUCCUGUCUGAUGUCAUCGGUGACCCGCUGGAUCUGAUCGCCAGCGGCCCCACGGUGAGGACCGACGUGUGGCCUGAGGAGGUCAUCUCCAUCCUACAGAGCUACAAGCUGUCGGACUCCCUCCCCGCCUCGGUGAAGGAAGUCCUCGGGCGAGGCAGCCCCCGUUGGGAGAACAUUAAGGAGGAAUCCGCGGGGAAGGGAGGCGUGCUCAACACGGUCAUCGGCUCCAACAGCAUCGCCCUGAAAUCCGCGGGUCGCCGCGCCCGGGAGCUGGGCUUCCGGCCCGUGGUUCUGUCGGGCGACGUGUGCGGCGACGUCAAGGCGGUCUCUCGUCUUUACGGCCUGCUGGCGCGCUUCGCCUCCUCCCGCGAAGAGCCGGCCCCGGAGCUGGCGGCCGAGAUGCUGCGGCUGGGGCCCGAGGUCGGGGUGGAGAGCUGGGACCUGUGCCGCACCAUGCAGGUCCUGGACGAGGGGCGGAAGGAGGGCUGGGGGGCCACCUGCCUGCUGGCCGGGGGGGAGCCCACCGUGGAGCUGACGGGGAAGGGGCGCGGUGGCCGCAACCAGGAGCUGGCGUUGCGCGUUGGACUGGAGCUGAGGGGGAUGGAGCUACCACCCAAGGGCCCCAUGUUUCUGAGCGGAGGGACCGACGGGCAGGACGGCCCAACGGACGCCGCCGGCGCCAUCACCGACGGAGGCCUGUGGGAAGAGGCGCGGGCACAAGGGCUGGACGUUGAGGGCACGCUGAAGGACAACGAUUCCUUCACGUUCCUCUCCAAGGUCUCCGGCGGCCACCGUCUUCUCUCGCCGGGAUUAACCGGAACCAAUGUGAUGGACGUGCAUAUGCUGCUGCUCCCCUCGAUACCAAUUAGGAUACCCAAUGAUCCCGAAGCUGAUGACAGGUCUUUAAGGUAUAUGUAGAAGGUGUGGUUGAACUACUAAUGAAUAGCAUUUCAGCAGCAUGUUUGCUGCUCAGGAAAUGUAUUUAAUAUGAUUGUUGUUUAAGCACUUGAUAUUUUGAGCCCUAACCCUAACAAAAGGCCCUAUUCAUGCAUUUUGAAUGAAUGAAAGCAAAUUACCUUUGACUGUUAUGCUACCCUAUUUGAUGAAUAAACAGAACGUCCUAAAAACACUUGA